AUGGCUUUUAUGUUAAAAGAUUCUCCCGAAUGUACUAAAUCAGAAUUAGAACUUUUUCACAUACCUGGAACUCAGACUGUCAUUCAAAAUGGGCAAUGGAUUCAGUUUCAUCCACUUUCGAAUGUAUUUGAUGGAGGACCUGUUGAAUUCCUUGUUUCCGGUAGUGGAGAGGAGGAGUAUAUGGACUUGUCCCAAACACUUCUUUAUGUAAAAGCUAAAAUAAUAAAAACGGAUGGAAAACCUACAGUAGCAGAUUCAAAGAUUGGUCCCGUCAAUCUUUUCCUUCACUCGCUGUUUUCUCAAGUGGACGUCACUCUAAACGAUCGAUUAAUCUCUUCUUCGAGCAAUACGUAUCCAUAUAGAGCUUAUAUAGAAACUCUAUUAAAUCAUGGGUUUGACAGUAAAACUUCGCAACUUACAUGCGAAAUGUUCUACAAAGAUACAUUUAGUAAAAUAUUUACAGAUAACGAAGGUUGGAUUAAGCGUUCCGAAUUUUUUAAAUUAAGUAAUACAAUAGAUAUGAUAGGGGGCAUUCACUGCGAUUUGUUUCAUCAUCAAGAUAGACUAAUGUUGAACCUUGUAGAUUUGAAACUAAAACUUAUACGGAGUAAACCCGAAUUUUGUUUACAUGGUAACGAAGGACACAAAGUGGUAUUGGAUCAUGUUUCCCUUUUCGUUCGAAAAGUUCGCGUCAGUCCAGGUAUUACUCUCGGACAUGCCAAAGCUUUAGAAAAAGCGACAGCAAAAUACCCCAUUAACAGAGUGUUGUGCAAAGUAUAUUCUGUACCGCAAGGCAGCAUGUCUAUCGUACAAGAUAACGUCUUCGUCGGGCAGAUGCCAAAACGGGUGAUUGUUGGAUGCGUAGAUAAUGAUGCUUUUCACGGAACUUAUAAGAAAUCACCUUUCGAAUUUAAUCAUUAUCACUUAAAUUUUAUCGGAGCCUAUAUGGACGGUCAGCCUGUGCCUUACAAUCCUCUCGAGCCGAAUUUUGAUGAAAAUAAUUAUAUUCGAGCUUACCAAAGCUUAUUUCUCGGAAGAGAGAAAGUGAGUCAAGAUCAUGGUAUUUUUAUAUCGAGAGACGAUUAUCCCUUAGGUUAUACAUUAUAUGCCUUUGAUUUGUCGCCUGACUUAUGUGAUGGAGAGCACAUGAAUCUAAUAAAACACAGCAAUUUACGUCUAGAAAUGAAAUUUAGAGCACCACUAUCACAAACAAUAUCUGUUAUAGUGUACAGCGAGUUUGAAAAUAUAAUCGAGAUUAAUAAAUCCAGAACUGUUAUUUACGACUUUGCAAAUUAA